GGGGCCGCAGUCUACCGGGGUUCGAGGGCUGUGUCAGAUAGCCCUGCUGCCAUGGCGUCCUAUUUUGAUGAACACGACUGCGAGCCGUUGGAUUCUGAGCAGCAGGCCCGAACCAAUAUGCUGCUGGAGCUCGCAAGGUCACUUUUCAAUAGCAUGGACUUUGAAGAUUUGGGGUUGGUAGUAGAUUGGGAUCACCACCUGCCUCCACCUGCCGCCAAGGCUGUGGUUGAGAACCUUCCUAGGAGAGUCAUCAGGGGCUCUCAGGCCGAGCUCAAGUGCCCCGUGUGUCUUUUGGAAUUUGAGGAGGAGGAGACUGCCAUUGAGAUGCCUUGCCAUCACCUCUUCCAUUCCAACUGCAUUCUACCCUGGCUGAGCAAGACAAAUUCCUGCCCCUUGUGCCGCCAUGAGCUGCCCACUGAUGAUGAGACUUACGAGGAACAUAGACGAGAUAAGGCUCGCAAGCAGCAGCAAAAGCACCGACUUGAAAACCUCCACGGAGCCAUGUACACUUGAGGUGCCUGGGGCUGAGUACCAGUCUUCCAUGUCUUUCUCCUGCACAGCGAAUCCUCAUUAAAGUUUUCUUUACCCACUCUGCAUUGCAUUGCUCACAGGCCUGGGCCGGGACUUCAUUCCCUCCAUGAGGUCCUUACUGCUGUUGAGGAAGGAGGUCCUGAACCGCAGAAAGCACCAGGCUGUGUGUCCCUUCCUGCUAAGUCUACACACUGCUCCGUCUGGCCUUAGAGCAGUGGAGCCCAGGUCAAAAACCUGGCUACUAGAUCAGCCAGCGCUUGGGCCUAUGUGUUCAUUGUUGGAAAGCAAAAUGUGUCAGGGUCUGGCAUCCGAUAGCUACUUACAGAUGGUAAGGACAAACUAGCCUUCAUCCUCUCCUCUGUGAUUUUUAGUAAACCUUGGAAUCCCACAGGCUUGCUUUAGCUUCAUUGUGAAAACUGUUCUGAUCAUUUUGAAGUUGCUCUGUGGAUCCCCCACCCCCGCCCUGCCCCACACCAGUAUUACCUACUGAGGAAGCAAACUUCAAACCACACUCUUGAGUAGAAGGAGGAUCAGGUCAGUUCUUUAGACUGUUUAAAGUCCUAGAAAGUGUUUCAAGCCUUUGAGGGUUUUUGGGUAGCACCUGGCAUCCUUUGUUCCCAGCAGCCCUGCUCUCAAAGAGCAGUGGACACUCAGGACUCUCUCUGGGGGCAGAAGAUGUCUCCAUCCUUUGCCCAGGGAAAGCCAUCCUGGGUCAGUUUCUCUCUUGACUCUUCAGAACAGACUACAAACAUGCAAAUUAGAAUUCUUUUUAAUAUAUAUAUAUGUAUAUAUAUAAAAAGUACUAAAAUA